AUGGCGGUUAUUCUGGCUGUUGAACAUAGCAAUAUUCACAAACGAAUAGCGUUGAAAAUACUGAUCAUAUUCGGAUGUUCACAUUUCAGAUUAAGCUUUCUAUUAUUUAUUACAACUACGGUUCUAUCGCUAUGGUUCAGUAGCUGCAUGGCGUGUGGACUCAUGAUGCCAUUGGUUAAGGCUAUUUUGAAAGAACUAGAAAAAAUGGGCAUUUUAGAAACCUACCAAUUGAUCGGUAAAACCUCUGCUUACUCAAGUGACGACAGCGAGAAACAUAUUCCAAGACCUUCGGAUUUUACCGUAUUUUACUUCAUUGGCAUUGCAUAUUCAUCAACAAUAGGUGGAAUGGCAACUUUUAUUGGUAGCGAGACGAAUCAACUCUUCAUCAAUUAUUGCGCAGCAGUGUUUCCAAGCGGACCAAAACUAGAAUCACCUCUCUACUUCCUGUUGGCUCUACCUGGUGUAAUCGUAAUGGAGAUAUUUCUAUAUUUGUGGCUGAACUUUUACUUUUUGGGGAUGGUACGUAACUACACAGCUCUGCAAGCUAGCUUAACCAAUGAUGAAGAGCAAUUUAUCUCAGUUUUGCUCACGGGUCAGUAUCAACAGAUGGGGAAUAUUACAUUUAAUGAAAUGGUUGUAGGUGCUACAGUUUUUGUGGCUGGGAUUCUUCAAUCAAUGAUAUUUACUUCAACUUCACAUACUGACGGAGUCAAAUUAAAAACCAUACGUUUUGUGCAUACAUCUGUGCCGAAUAUAAUUUGUGUAUUCAUACUAUUCAUGGUACCAACAAACCUAAAGUGUCUCAAGUUCUUUAAAAAACAAAACGACAAAACCGAACCUUUACCUACAUAUCCCAAUAAAGGCUGUUUGACAUGGAGCAUGGUGAGGAACAAUGUUGAUUGGAGUGUGGUAUUUUUAACUGCAAUUAGCAACAUAACGUUCGAUUCCCUUGAAGACACUAAAAUGACAGAAGAGUUCGAGAAGUUUCUAUCACUGUUCUCUGGUUGCCAUGUGCUUGUGCAAGCUUGCGUCGUUAUUGUUUUCUGCAAGUUAUUGACAGAGUUCGCCAGUAACGCUACAGUGGCGCGCUGUAUGCUGGCACAUAUUGCUAAUGUGGGUAUCAAAUCUAAAGUUAACCCGUUUUACCUGAUGUUGAGUGCCACGCUGUCCAUGUCUAUACCCUUUCACCUGGUCACCGGCGCGCCAGCCUACGCCAUGAUAUCGUCAUAUGUGCAUAUUUCGCAAAGAAAACUGAUGAUCGCCGGGAUUGGUCCAUCGGUGAUGGGGAUUAUUAUGAAUAUAUUUACAGUUUGCGUAUGGUUUAAGGUUAUAUGGCCAGAUAUUGACACAUACACCUACUAUUACAAAUGAUACCCAAACUAAAUAAUAUGUGCGUCAUUUAUAUAGUGUAGGUAUCACAGAACACUAAUACUCCUAAUAUAUUUAGGA